AUGAGCCUGAAACGUCGAGGAUCCGAGCUCGAUCAUGAAGCGAAGAAGAUGAAGUCUGACGACAGCCAUGGAGACGAUGAAGUCUCACCUAGCAGUGGCGUGCAGACUACCCCGACUUUGCCUCAUCAGCCUGUCGCUGUUUUCGCCGACUUGUCCCAAACGGCUCGCGAGCAAGUCAACUAUCUACUACAAGCUCUUAGUGAUAUCUCCCCAAAGACUCUGUACGAAGUCAAUAUCUUGGAUCAAAUCAACGCUGUCAACUCAGAUGGUCAUCACUCGCCGCCGAGACUUACGUAUAAGCCGCCUGACAUGAGAAUCACCAUCGGCUAUGAUACACACGGUACAUCCCCAGCUGUGCUGGUCUCAGAACUCACGAUGCUGAUCAAUAUUCCAGGUGAUGUCAACCACGACUCCAAGCAAAAGAACUGGCAUAAACUUGUGGCCCAUGUUACCACCAAGCGUUACGCCGCUGGUUACUGUAGAGUGGGCACCCCCCACAAAGACUCAUGGGCCCUGUACUCGCCUUCCCAUAUAAUCCGAAUGAUGUGGGAGUAG